CACUUUACAAUAGCCACCUACGGAGUAAUAACCUCUGUGUACUCAGUCAACUCCAGGCCACUAUAACGGCGCCGACCCAAACAGCCAUCGCAUGGCACAAGGGACAAAGAGACAUUGACCAUCAUGGAUCCAGAUAUACCUGCACCCUCUAUAGAGCGCGAUGUCCUCCCCGACCUCAACACGAAUUCUGCCACACCAUCUCUCGCGUCGCCGUCUAUUCAAGUGAAGCAGUACAACCGUUCUGACCUGAAUGCUGCCGCCUCAGUCCCGCUACCGCCCUCCUCGCCUAUGCGAAGUCCAUAUCGAAAGCCUUCUGCGAACAACUUGAAAACCAAAUCAGUCUCCCCAAAUUCUCCCUCACGGUCGCCCUCCGUCGCAAGUUCAUACCGUGGUGAAAGACAGCAAUCCACUCCCAUCUUGAUCAGCAAAAGAUCAGCUUCAAGCCUGAGCACUGCACGAGGUGGAACACCACAGUUUCGGCGGGCGUCCUCUAAUCUCAACCCUGCUUUUCCUACGACGAAUGGAAAGAUGCCCAUAUCAGAAGAACGCCCACAAAUAACGGCCAGUUCGGUCGCAAAGGAAUAUUUCGGGAAGGAGUUGGAAGCGCAUGCCUCUCUACAAUCGCCCCUGGUCGUUAUAGUUCAGGAUUCAUGCUAUGGUCAUCGCUUCUCCCGCCCGCGCGCAACCAAGAAUGCCCUGGCCACAAUUGUCGAGCGACCCGAGAGAAUUCAUGCCACAAUACUGGGUGCGUCGACUGCCUAUGUACGUCUAGGAGGGCGUCACGCUGAAGGCCAACAUGCUCCUCGACCCAAGCACAAUCCUCAACACGUACAAGACAUCCCGUUUCAGAUUCGCAAAACCUCUCGCAACAUCCCACUUAGCAACCCUUCGGUGGCUUUUGUCCAUGGCUCCAAGUGGAUGGAAGAACUGCACAUCAUGUGUGACACAGCCGAAGGAAAACUUGCGCUGAAUGGAAAAGAAUUGGUCCGCCCAAUUGGAUAUGGGAAGGAUGAAAGUGGAAAUGCUCUACCAAAACUGCAUGAAGGUGACUUGUACUUGUGCAAAGAAUCACUGGCCGCUCUGCAAGGUUGUCUCGGUGGCGUGUGCGACGCCGUCGACACCGUCUUCUCUUCAGAUACGACGAAGCGUGCCUUCGUUUGCAUCCGUCCACCAGGACAUCAUUGCUCCUCCAACUUCCCAUCAGGCUUCUGCUGGCUCAACAACGUCCACGUCGGGAUCUCUUAUGCGGCCAUGAACCACGGCUUGACACACGCCGCCAUCAUCGACUUCGAUCUGCAUCAUGGUGAUGGUUCUCAGAACAUUGCCUGGGACCAAAAUCGCAAGGCCCAUGGCGCUGCCAAGAACACCGCUGCUCACAAGAAGACUCCGAUCGGCUAUUACAGUCUCCACGACAUCAAUUCAUAUCCUUGUGAGUGGGGCGACGAGGAGAAAGUUCAGAAGGCAAGUCUGUGUAUUGAGAAUGCUCAUGGCCAAUCCAUCUGGAAUGUUCAUCUUGAGCCGUGGAAAUCACACGAGGAGUUCUGGCAGCUCUAUGAGACCAAGUACUUAGUUCUCCUGGACAAGGCACGAAACUUCCUGCGACAUCACACAGCAAAACUCCGCUCUUCGGGAAAUCCUCAACCAAAGGCAGCAAUCUUCAUCUCUGCUGGCUUUGAUGCAAGCGAAUGGGAGGGGGCGGGCAUGCAGAGACACAAUGUUAACGUGCCGACAGAGUUCUAUGCUCGUUUUACAUCCGAUAUCGUGAAACUAGCUCAUGAAGAAGACCUGGGCGUUGACGGCCGUGUGAUCAGUGUGCUUGAGGGCGGAUACAGUGAUCGUGCAUUGACCUCCGGAGUGUUGAGCCACAUCUGUGGAUUUGCAGGAGGAGGGCCCGUCCACAACACCGAGAGUGCCGCUAGCGUCGGUGAAAACAAGUUGCAGACGAUCAACCGUUGGAUAUCAGGUUCGAUCAAUGCUUCCGACAGCUCAUACGCACCACAUUGGUGGGCGCUCCAGAACCUCGAAGAAUUGGAAGCAGUCGUGGCUGGUCGCCAGCCUCCCGCAGCGAAAUCCUCGAAGGACACCACUGGAAAUUACUCUUCGCCAACUCAGGCGUCUACUCUCAAGAUGACCGAACAGGCCCGGGAGAGGCGUUCACUGUCUGCCCUUCAAGCUAGGCUGUCGCUGGAGUCUGAAUAUGUACCACCGCCUCCUGAUGUUGACUGGGCUAUUGCAUCUUAUGAGCUAUCUCGUGUUAUCAUCCCCAGUGAUCGACAGACUCUGAGCUGUACGCAUGAGGAGCUUAAUGCGGAGGCCACCAAAGCUAGGCGUGAACGGCAAUCCACUUUUGGUGGACCUGCAGCCGCGGCUCCAGAUGAGAGGAUGCAGCUUCGAGAUCGCAAAGCAAAGCUCCCGCCACCGCCACCGCCUCCUAUUCCUUCAACAAGGGUCGCCUCGCGCCAUGACAACCGUCGCACCACUAUUGCGGCGAUCAGCGACCUUCCAGAUCCUACGAUGCAGCAGUAUGAUGGAGUUAUGGGUCGACCACGUAGGAGGUCAAGCGAUGCGUCAAGUAUUCUGUCCAAUUUCCAAAACAUGAAGUUGUCAGAGGACAACCCCCCCUCGCUGCCAACAAAUUAUACUACGAACGGCACUUCGAGAGCCUCAUCUGUGGUACCGGGAAAGUCGACAAAGGCCGUCGUGGUGAAGAAGACGAGGGCACCACCGGCCACAAAGGCACCUGCAAAACCAAAAUCUAGUCCUCGAAAGACGAAGGUUUCGCCUCCAGUCGGUAGUAUCAACGGUGCUGUAACAACUACCAGCAUUGAAAAAGGCAGAUCCAACGGCAGUGGCGAAAAGAGAGAGAAUUCGGACCCUUCUCCGAACGGCAGUACAGAUGAGAUUGAUAAUCUCACAAACGAGGUCAAAAAGAUCAGCAUCAAGUUGAAAAUGUCUACGGCUGAAAAGAACGCAGCGAAAGAACAGCAGCGAGCAGGUGAUGACAAGCAGAAGAAGCCUCGCACUUUUAAGAAGCAAGUGGUGCCGAAGACUUCCAAGAUUGCUAAACCAGGUCCGGCAGUCAGUCUGGAGAGGUCCGCUCCUGUCCAGUCCGCGCCAAUCAAAGUUGAGGAACAGACCGUGUCUGAGCCACUGGCGCUCCCAACGACCAGCGCUGUGCAAGCGAGGCGAGAGCCCGGUAUGCCAACAUCGGCACAUAUGAAGACAGUUGCGGAUGCUGGAGGUUUCGAUCCGAUUGUCAUGCAAGCGCCGGUCGACAGAACGACAGACAUGACGAGCAUGACUUUCCCGGAGGAAUCACAAGGCCCCGCACCAGUCACUAUGCCUCAUCAGCAGGGUGUCAGUGCUUCCGAACCCUUUGUCCCUGCUCCGAUCGAGCCUGUGCGACAAAGCAUAACCGAACCCACGCUUGCUGCAUACCCGUUCCCUCCCACUUCUGAGGAACCGCAACCUCCUGCCUACCAAAUUCCGCAAGCCAUUACUGAGGCUACUGCUCAGAGACCAAGUUCAGCUGGAGUGAGCACGCCUCGGUGGACGAAACAGGACCUUCCCGUUUUCACGGCUUCAUCGCCAAUCCCCUUCGCCGCACCUUUGAAUGCGAGGACCGAAUCUAUUCCUAAGCAGGAACAAAACGGCAACUAGGAGAUGUCAUUCUGGGAGAUUCCUGAGACACCACUGCAGAGGUCUUGAGGGGGCUAAGCCCGGGUGCCACCAAAUGGGACAGAGAUGCAGCUGGAUCGACAACACCCUUUGUCUUUCAUAUUUUCCUUGGUCAUGGUUCAUGAGAGGGCGGCGGCGCUGCUGGAGGUAGGAAUCAGAGGCUUUUCAUUUCAUGGUAGAUUGGAGGCCGAGAACUUUCCUUUCUGCCAUAGCGACGAGGCCGAGGUUGUUCGGUAUCGACGAUGGGAGACAUUUAAUUCCUUGGUGUAAUUUUGCGAGAUACCCCAUACAGCAUGGAGGAGUUUUGGACAGGGCAUCUGGAUUGUGUGUGGCAUUUUGGAGGAAGCCUAGCUGCUCAAGGAGUGCAACCAUUGGAUAGGGAAUGCAAGGACACCAAUGCUAUGAGAGAUGUUAUUUCCUUGGGAAGCCGAUCAAUUGAUAUCUCUGAGUGGAUUAUCGUUCUUUAGUCUUCGCGUUCUCGAUUAUACCUAGGUAUGUUGCGUUACCUGGUUAGAGUGUAUCUGUCUACAGU